AUGGAUUACGCUACUGGGUCAUCUUACGUGUCAGCCAUUUCUUCGGCCGCCGCUGCCGCGGCAGCGGCGGCAGCUGGACUCGCCCAGCACUUCAACAAUUCACCGACUUGUCCUUUCUCUCCUUCUGAUCAACAACAACAAGAACAACAGCAAAUAGCAUCAGCGACGGAGUCUACUUCAACUCUUCCGGUAAUCCAUUCGCACCAUCAUCCACAUUUGCUGAUCCACCACCACCACCACCAAUCAAAUUAUCCGGAAGAUUUGAUCUCACCUCCAUCGCCGUCUCCUUCGUCAUCCUCAUCGUCGACUUUGUUACAUCCUUCGUCUUCAUUGGCUUCAUCUCUUUCGUCACAUCUUUAUGGAUCGCAUCAUCAACGAUACAAUUCGAAUACCCCGUCGUCUUCACUGAGUCUCCUGGGCGGAGGUGCAACCUCCUCAUCGUCCGGCAUGUCGACCACAUCAUCCAAUAGCAACGCGUUAACGACCGCAGUUUCAUUAUUUGGUGGCGGAAGUGGAGGAUGUUUCCACGGCAACGGAUUUACGUCUUUAUCGCCAACUUCACCUUUGACAUCGACGUCGAGAACAUCGUCCUCCACGACUUCAAAUUACUCCAGCGGAGGGUCUUCCUUCUUUCCUCCUGCCAAUGGCAUCCACUUUCAAGGCGGUUAUCGGAUGUAUCCGACGAAUUUGGGAACUCCUUCGCAGCAAAACCAAAAUCACGGCCAUCAGCAACAAAGUAACAAUUCGCAUCACCAAGUGCAUCCGUCGCAAAUUGCUGGGACAUCACCUGGCGACAAUUCAUCCUCAUCUUUCUUAACUAGUAUGGGCUUGGCUAACGUCAUGUCUAUCGGUCAUAAUACCUCGUCAUCAUCGACGGCAUCGUCACCAGUCCAUCAACAACAGCAACAUUUGACUAUUUCACCGUCUCCAGCAUCUUCUUCGUCAGCUACUGGAUUCUUGGUUGACGGGUCGCAACAGCAACACCAAUCGCACCACCAGUCAAGUCAAAACCAACAACAACAUCAUGGACAACAACUUGGUCACCAUUCCGGCGGAUUUCAAUCGCAUCAUCAUCAUCAUCACGGACUCGUCUCUCCAUCAUCCAUGAGCCUAGGAGCUUAUCCAACAUCUUCAGCUAUCGGACAUCAUCAUCAUCAUCAUUCGGGUAUUUCUAACGCAGUAGCUGGACCUCACCAUCACCACCAUCCAUCUAUAGCUGGCCUAUCCGGUCUUCCGAGUCUUCACCAGCAAGCGCACCAUCACGUCGGUUCGCUGUCAGUUUCAUCGUUACAACAAGCUGAAAAACGGAAACAAAGGCGCAUUCGCACGACUUUUACAUCAUCCCAACUAAAGGAACUGGAAAGAGCAUUUCAGGAGACGCACUACCCCGACAUCUACACCCGUGAAGAGAUUGCCAUUCGGAUUGAUCUCACUGAAGCCAGAGUCCAGGUUUGGUUCCAAAAUCGACGAGCAAAAUUCCGCAAACAGGAGCGACUAACACAACAGAAAUCAUCGUCAUCAGAUAAUAACGGAGGAAGUGUUGGUAAAGACGGAAAUCAUCAAAGUCCUAGCGAUGCCAAAGAAAGCCGUGGAUCUUCAUCGGCCGGAUCAUCAGCCGAAUCGCCCCGUGAUCUCGACAUCAAACCCCAAAUGGGAGACCGAACGGAAAGCAAUACUACCUGGAGCGCUGGAUUGAAUUCUCCGCCGGAAUCGCCGCCUAUCGAAGCACCACCAAUCACCAACUCCCGUUCCUCCGCCGCCGUGGCUGGAGGCAACAACAAUAAGGCUAUCGUCAAUUUAUCUGCUUUCGGUAAUUCCUUCACUCACCUGGCAGUCAAUCCAUUUUAGAAAAUGUAAAAA